AUGGCUUCUACCGACUCCGAUCGCCAAACAGCGGAAGAGAAUAAGGUCCAUCCAGGACCCGACUCUCGCCCGCGAAGUCGAGCUCGACAGUUGACGGUGGUAUUCUCUCUUUUUUUAUCACUCUUUACUGCGGCACUUGAUUUUACAAUCACCAGCCCAGCAAUCCCAUCGAUCGUCGCGGAAUUUCACUCCGGUUCAAGUUAUGCAUGGAUUGGCUCAGCGUAUCUCUUGUCCAUCGCCGCGUCCACACCAAUCUGGGGGAAGCUGAGUGACAUAUGGGGACGAAAGCCCCUGCUCCUCGCUGCUGUGGCCGUGUUUUUCUUAGGAUCAUUGCUCUGUGCCGCUGCAAAGAAUAUGGCGAUGUUUCUCGGUGGGCGAGCGGUUCAAGGGGGUGGUGCAGGCGGUGUUUUUAUUCUCGUUAACAUCUGCAUAACAGACAUUUUCGAGAUUAGAACUCGAGGAUUGUAUUUAGGACUAACAAGCGUCGUAUGGGCGCUGGCUUGUGGCAUUGGUCCGGUGAUUGGUGGUGCCCUUACCCAGUUCGCUUCGUGGAGAUGGAACUGGUGGAUUAACCUACCAUGCAGUGCACUAGGCUUUGUCGUCCCUAUCUGGCUGCUGGAUCUGGAACCCAAUCGCUCUUCCUUCCAGUCGGGUCUAAAACAUAUUGACUGGCUGGGCAGUAUUACCAUCCUUGGAGUGACUAUCCUGAUAUUACUCGGGCUUGAUUUCGGAGGCGUUACUUUCCCAUGGCAAUCCCCAAAGGUGGUUUGCCUGAUAGUCUUUGGUGUAUUCAUGCUAGUUCUCUUCAUCUAUAAUGAAGCCAGAUUGGCGAAAUACCCGAUUAUCCCCCUUCGGCUUUUUAAGCGGCGCUCGAAUAUUGCCGCCUUGUUGGUGUGCUUCUGUCAUGGAUUUGUUUACAUAUCUGCCUUCUAUUUUCUCCCAAUCUUUUUCCAGGCAGUCCGAGGCUCAUCAACUCUCCUUUCGGGAAUACUAAUCCUCCCAAUUGCCAUGGCCCAGUGCCUUACCAGUAUAGCCACCGGCCUAGUGAUAAAACACAGAGGAAGUUGCCGCGAACCAAUCUGGCUCGGCUUGGCCCUGAUGGCCCUAGGAUUCGGACUAUUCAUAAAAUUCGACCGCAAAAUCUCUCUCGUCGCGCUUUCGUUCAUCGAGGCCGUAGCAGGCCUCGGCGUGGGCAUGAAUUUCCAAGCUCCUCUAAUCGCCCUGCAAUCCCUAGUCGAACCAAAAGAUUAUGCAACAGCCACGGCCACUUUUGGAUUCAUCCGGAAUAUCGCGACGUCAAUUUCUGUAGUAGUAGGAGGGGUUAUAUUCCAAAAUGGGAUGCAGUCGCAAGUGUUGACGCUACAGGGCGAGCUGGGUAAAACGGUAGCGGAGAGGUUCAAUGGUCGUAACGCUGAAGGGAAUAUUGAUUUGAUCGCAACACUUGAUAGCGGUCAACGCCAUAUAGUACAGGAUGCGUAUGCGGAUGCUUUGCGGAAGUUGUGGAUUGUCUAUGUCUGUGUUGCUGCGGUGGGCCUUGCGGCGAGCUUGAUGGUUGAUAAACGGCCUUUGCCGUUUGAAAGCAAGUCGGAUCUCGUCCAGGAUGGAGGCGAGUUUGAGGUUGAGGAGUUACAAGAAGUUGUGCGCAAAUAG